AUUUUUUUCAAGACGAGUCUGUCCUCUAUCGCUAAUUAUCUCUUAUAUAAGUAUUGAUAUUAUAGUAUGAAUGGAUAAGGGUUUGGGUCAAGAGAUUCCGCUGAGCAAAAGUAAUUUUUGGCUCAAAUGUCAGUUACGAAGUUUUGCAGGACCACGAUAAGUGGUUUUGUUUUUUAAACGACGAUAUGUACAUAAUAUGUACGUAUACAUAAGUUGGUAUUAACGGCAAGUGUUUAGGUAUUUUCCAAACCUACUUGCUGAAUGAAAUAUGCAGAUAUACCUCGAUUUUAAACUCCGAUAUUUUUGGCGUGAAAUAAUUUUAAUUUUCAAUCCAAGCAGAAAAAUUUUUUACAUUUCACCAAUAAAAAUCAAAUCUAUUUUUAUAAAAUUGCCUAAUAACUAAAUUCUCAAAAUGGCGCAAAAUUUCCUGUACAUGUUUGAAUUUGUGGUCGAUGAUCUACUGAUAACACGGCCCAAUCAUUGCGCCCCAGAAGAGUUCCCUACGUGCUGUGAAAUCUGCUUUCGGUCUAGCGUUUUUGUUUCGAUUUGUGAUCGCGAAUUCGGUCAAUGCGUAGACAUUUGCGCUCCAAAGUGUGGAAAAUGCUGUCUAUUCUCACUGGAGUCACCAGUAACGGAAAAAGAUCGUCUGAUUAUUCACAUCUACAAGAAGAAGACCGAUAAAUGCAAAUUCCUUGUCGGUGCUACAGACAUUCCCAUUAAGCCACUUUUCGAUAAAGUAACGGAAAGCUUCAAUAUCGAAAAUCCCAACUGGAUGGAGCAAUUGGCCAAGCAUACGGCCCGUAUGCCUUAUCCGAAGACUUCAUCCAAAACCACUGUCGUCGAUAACGAUUGCGAUGAAGAUAGUAGCGGACGGCCUGAACAAAUGUGUCCUACAUCAGAACUUACCAAACGAUUGUUGCCCCUCUUCAAUAUGCAGCACAAGCAAACCGGUAAUUUGGUGCUUAUAAUGCGUCUCGUGUGCAAUGGGCCAACGAUUGUGUCUAGCUUCCCAUUCUCACGCAUUUGUUCAACGGGAUGUGCCAAGAAAACUACACCAUGUCCCUCUAAUUGCGCGGCCAUAGAAUCGCCGCAGUCACAAGGAGUUUGCCCGAUGCCGGAUCCUUGUAAAAAGGAAGAAAAGAAUGCUCCUGUUUGUCGCAGGUACUUUGCCUGCAAUGCAGACAAGGGUUGCCCUUGCGAAGAGUGCGAAGACUAUUGCGACAGGGAAUGUCCUAGUGGAUGUAAGAAAAAGAAAAAUCGGGCUCCGCAAAAUAACUGCUGCCCAGCUCCAGUGCCGUACUGCUCGCCACCGCCUCCGUGCUGUCCACAACCGGAUCCUUGUCAAAAGAAAGAACAACGCACGGAUAUGUGCCAACGAUAUUUUACCAAUGAACGUAAGGGCUGCACCUGCGACGAAUGCAUGGAUGAAUGUGAGGCGGGAAGCAGCGAAGAAGAUUCCGACUCAUGCCAGCAAUGUGGCCCACCGCAGAUUAUGCCUCCGUGUUUUGUUGUGCCCACUAAACCAGAACCCGGUCCUGAGGCCUACGAGCAGUUUGAGGCUUGCCUAAAUGGUAGUGGCCUAGUAAUACGUGUUCUCAAGAAUACUUACGUAGUGGAAAGUGCUGACGAUGGUAUGCAGCAGGGUGGUCACGAUAGUGGAAGUGAUUGCGAGGGGAAGAAUACGAAGCAAAACAACAACCAAUGCGAGACCUUGAACGAGAUUCUACAACGCAGUAGUUUCGCCAAAAAUCAUGUCAAGCGACGCACAAAUGGUUACAUCAUCAAUGGCCCGAGGCUGCCGAAAAUCCGCGCUAACAUCAAAUACUCCGCAAAUGAUUCAUGCGAACCGGAAAACUAUUGUCUACCCUUCAAUAAGAUCAAAUCAAUAUGUAAUGCAGAUCAAAAACUAGAGCUCUACCGUCGUAAAGGACCCUGCUGUGACGACGACAGUUGUGGUCCCAUCGCACCACCAUUGCCUGCACGGGAUAUACGAAACUGCUGCCUACAAGUAGAUCCUCAAGAUAUUAAAGACACUUUGAAGGGCAUAAACACAGAUACCAGAAAAAAGGGUAUUGAGGUAUGCUACAGAACAUGUGAAGAUACCGAUAGCGACGUCUUUCUGGUGAAAUUAGGCAAUAAGCAGCACUAUCGCCCUAAGCGAAAUACCAUCGAAAUCGAAUUGAAGACACCGAAACAGCCAAUUAUACUGCCCAAACAGAAAAUGACCACAGAGACGCAGAUCACCGAUAAGGAGCUGGACGAAGCGCUCGCUGCCUUGUGCGCUGGUAAUAAGAAAAAGGGAAAGAAAGGGAAAAAGGGAAAGAAGACGAAGUAAUAAACUAGAAAUUUUCUAAAUAUUUCGCGCUAAAAUCAAAAUGUAAUUAAAUUU